UGUAUCGACAUGUCCUGCACCUUCACCGGGAUGCGCACGACGCAGUCCCCGGCGCUAGAGCGCGACCGCCGUCGCUUCCUGUGGUACUCGGCCUACGCCUGGGGCUGCACUGCUGCCAUCUGCGCGGCCGCCGUUGGCGCCGAGUUCUCACCCGCCGUGCCCGAAGACUCGCCCUUCAAGCCAAACAUCAAUAAGGGCACCUGCUGGUUCAAAGAGAAGCCGGCGGGGCUGGUGUACUUCUACGGACCGAUGGCGCUGCUGCUGGUGUCCAACCUGUGCCUGUUCGUGUACACGGCGGGCCGCAUCUGCGUGGCGCAGCGCGGCUCCGACAUCCUGCGAAAGCCGGGCAACCAGCGACACCACGGGGGCAGCAAGAGCCGCCAGCAGCAGGAGCAGCAGAAGGAACUGGGGCCGGAGCAGGCGCGCAGGGAGCAACGCAGGGACAGUGAGAGGCUUUCGCUGUACGUCAAACUGUUCGGCCUUAUGGGCGUAACGUGGCUGAUGGAGAUCGUGUCGUGGGCAGUGGGCGGGCCUACCUACGUGUGGAUCGUGACUGACCUGGUGAACGUGAUGCGGCCAGCGUUCAUCUUCUACAUCUUCUGCUGCAACCGCACCGUCGUGAGGCAGCUCCGCAGCAUGCUACCCAGCAGCUGGCCCUGCGCACUUGCGCCCUCCCAAGAGAGAGGGGCGCAGUGACGGGGGAUGGUGACGGCUGGCUGGUUGACAGGUAACGAACGAUAGCGUCCGCUCUGGGGGCGGCAGCAGCAGCGGCGCCCACUCCAGACCCACCGGCACCGCCUCCACCUCCGCCAACGCCCUCGAGAUGGCCAGCCUCCGCUCCUGAUGACGCAACCGCGCACCGAAACGUCGCGCACCAGCUGCGGGUGGCCAGCGACUUAGGACGUCUCCCCACGUAACACGGUCUUAUCCGUGUCGUGGACGUGUAGUGACCGAGAGGUUGCCUUCGUGAAACUCUACAAUAGCUAUUGCUGUAAUCUACUAGUAUUAUCAAAGUACCUGUCAUUUACAUUGUCAAAGAAAGUGUAGAUUUUUUCAGAUGCAUUAGAAUACUCACAAAUUUUAUUAUCUGAUGUGUAAUAAAAUA